AUGGGUGGUCUCCCCGGCUGGUGGGGUAACGGCAUCGUCGACCCAGCCCGUGGCGACGGACCGUGCCUGACGCCCGCUCAGUGGGACGAGCUCGUGCGCCGUCACGGCUUCAGCGGUGUCGACACCCACUGCCCCGUCGAGAAGCACCUGCAGUGGUACACCGUCCACCUGUGCCAGGCCGUCGACGAUCGUGUGCUGGCCCUCCGCAACCCGCUCGAAUCCCUCGAGUCAGCGGCCACCCUCGCGCCGCCCCCCGCCGAGCUAGUCAUUGUCGGCGGCACCACAGCGACUGUCUCCAAGCUCAUCGACGAGGCCUCGACCCUGCUCGCCCCCCGCUACAACACCAUCUCCCGCGUCGCAACCCUCGAAGAACUCGACCAGCGCGGUCUCCCCCUCGGCAGCUCAGUCCUCUCCCUCACCGAGCUCGACCACCAAUUCUUCGAGCACCGCACGGCCGCCAAGCUCGAAGCCCUCAAGGCCCUCUGGCGCGCCGGCGGGAGCAUCAUCUGGGCCACCCGCGGGGUGCGCGACGCCUCGCCCUACUCGGCCAUGAUCCUGGGCCUGGCGCGCGUGGUGCGCUUCGAAUACCCCAACAUCAACCUCCAAAUCCUGGACUUCGACAGGGCGCCCGACGCCGCCACGCUCGCGGCCGACCUGGUGCGCCUCGAGAUGGGCCGGCACUGGAAGGAGGAGGGCGCCAACAUCCUGUACAGCGUCGAGCCCGAGGCACACUACGAGAACGGCGCGCUGUUCAUCCCGCGCAUGUAUCCCGACCGCGACGCCAACGCCCGCUACAACACCCAGCGCCGCACCGUCGCCCGCGAGGUCGACCCCCGCGAGACGAGCGUGGUGCUGGAGCCGGCGGGUCCCGUGGGGGGCGAAGGCGAGGGCCGGUGCUGA